GAUGUUGCAGUCUGAGAAGACCGCACCAUGUCUCUGAGCAGUGCCUUCAGAGCUGUGGGCAACGACCCUGGGAUCAUCACCUGGAGAAUAGAGAAAAUGGAGUUAGCACUGGUGCCCUUGAGUGCUCACGGCAGCUUCUACGAGGGGGACUGCUACGUUGUCCUCUCAACCCGAAGGGCAGGAAGUCUGCUCUCCCAGGACAUCCACUACUGGAUCGGGAAGGACUCCUCUCAGGAUGAGCAGAGCUGUGCAGCCAUCUACACCACACAGCUGGACGACUACCUGGGAGGCAGCCCCGUGCAGCACCGAGAAGUCCAGGACCACGAGUCUGACACCUUCCGUGGCUACUUCAAGCAUGGCAUCAUUUACAAGAAGGGAGGUGUGGCCACCGGGAUGAAGCAUACAGAGACCAACACCUAUGAUGUGAAGCGGCUGCUGCAUGUGAAGGGAAAGAGAAAUAUCAGGGCGACCGAGGUGGAGUUGAGCUGGGACAGUUUUAACCGAGGUGAUGUCUUCUUGAUGGACCUCGGAAAAGUCAUCAUCCAAUGGAAUGGCCCCGAGAGCAACAGCAAGGAACGCCUGAAGGCUAUGCUCCUGGCAAAGGAUAUUCGGGACAGGGAGCGAGGGGGCCGUGCUGAAAUAGGAGUAAUUGAGGGAGACAAGGAGGCAGCCAGCCCAGAGUUGCUGAAGGUCCUUCAGGACACCCUUGGCCGACGCUCCAUUAUCAAGCCUGCAAUCCCUGAUGAGAUCAUAGAUCAGCAACAGAAAUCAAACAUCAUGUUGUACCAUGUCUCAGACUCAGCUGGGCAGCUGGCUGUCACAGAAGUCGCCACGAGGCCUCUGGUCCAAGAAUUACUGAACCAUGAUGAUUGCUACAUCCUGGACCAAAGUGGAACCAAGAUCUACGUGUGGAAAGGAAAAGGAGCCACCAAGGUUGAGAAACAGAUGGCAAUGUCCAAAGCCCUGAGUUUCAUCAAGAUGAAGGGCUACCCCAGCAGCACCAACAUAGAGACUGUCAACGACGGUGCCGAGUCAGCCAUGUUCAAGCAGCUGUUCCAGAAAUGGACAGUGAAAGACCAGACCAUGGGCCUGGGGAAAACAUUCAACAUUGGGAAAAUCGCCAAAGUUGUCCAGAACAAGUUUGACGUGACUGUACUGCACAACAAGCCAGAGGUGGCUGCCCAGGAGAGAAUGUUUGAUGAUGGCAGUGGGAAAGUUGAGGUCUGGAGGAUUGAAAACCUGGAGCUGGUCCCUGUAGAGCAUCAGUGGUAUGGCUUCUUUUACGGAGGCGACUGCUAUCUGGUUCUCUAUACAUAUAAUGUGACUGGGAAGCCUCAUUACAUCUUGUACAUCUGGCAAGGCCGUCACGCCACCCAGGAUGAGCUGGCAGCCUCAGCCUACCAGGCCGUGGAGGUGGAUCAGCAGUUCGAUGGGGCCCCUGUGCAGGUUCGAGUAGCCAUGGGGAAGGAGCCACGCCACUUCAUGACCAUCUUCAAAGGGAAGCUGGUUAUCUUUGAGGGUGGGACAUCCAGGAAGGGAAAUGUUGAGCCCGACCCUCCCGUGAGGCUCUUCCAAAUUCAGGGAAAUGACAAAUCUAACACCAAAGCCGUGGAAGUGCCAGCCUUUGCAUCCUCGCUAAACUCCAACGAUGUCUUUCUACUGCGCACCCAGGCAGAACACUACCUGUGGUAUGGCAAGGGGUCUAGCGGGGACGAGAGGGCAAUGGCUAAGGAGCUGGCCGAGGUUCUCUGUGACGGCAGUGAGAACACUGUGGCCGAGGGCCAGGAGCCGGUGGAGUUCUGGGACCUGCUGGGAGGGAAAGCACCCUAUGCCAAUGACAAAAGGCUGCAGCAGGAAACCCUAGAUGUACAGCCCCGUCUCUUUGAAUCUUCUAAUAAGACUGGCCGGUUCAUUGUCACCGAGAUCACAGACUUCACCCAGGAUGACCUGAACCCCGGAGACGUGAUGCUCCUGGAUACCUGGGAUCAGGUGUUUUUGUGGAUUGGGGCUGAGGCCAACGCCACAGAGAAGGAGAGAGCCCUUAUCACAGCCCAGGAGUACCUGCACACCCACCCCAGUGGCCGAGACACUGACACUCCAAUCCUGAUCAUUAAACAGGGAUUUGAGCCUCCCAUCUUCACAGGCUGGUUCCUGGCAUGGGACCCUCACAUUUGGAGUGCAGGAAAAUCAUAUGAGCAAUUAAAAGAAGAGCUGGGAGAUGCUGCUGCUAUCGUAAGAAUAACUUCUGACAUGAGGAACACAAACCUUUCCCUGAAUUCUGAUGACAGGGAGCCAAAAUAUUACCCUAUAGAAGUUCUCUUGAAAAAUCAAAGUCAGGAGCUGCCAAAGGAUGUGAACCCUGCCAAAAAGGAGAAUUACCUCUCUGAACAAGACUUUGUUACUGUGUUUGGUAUCACAAGAGGCCAAUUUGCAGCUCUACCUGGCUGGAAACAGCUCCAAAUGAAGAAAGAAAAGGGGCUUUUCUAAGACAUGAAAACAUAUGCCUCUUGCAAGACCACAGAAGAAAGCAGAUAGUGCCAAUACUAGAGAGAAAUGAUCUACUAAUUUUUGCCUAACAUUCAUCUAUUUAAUUUAGGUACAAUAGGUGCGCAGAUCACAGCAUGUUCUCCAUUUUUCUCAUUCUUGCAUUUCUUGGUUGUUUUGUAUCUGUAAUGUUAACCACUCAGUUUUUGGAUGUUUGUAGCCUUCUGGUUAAAAGCCUCAUUCAAAAUACUAAACUGCAUGAAUCUGGAAAAGACAAAAGACAACUAAAAUUUUAAUUAGAAAAUAAUUCAUUUAGUGCCAGGACCUAAGCUUACUUUAAGAUAAGCAUUUUGAAAUCUAUUUAACCCACAAGUCAUCAGAUAUUUAUAUAUACAGUGCAAAAUCAAAAUCCAAAUGCCCAGAUAUGUAUGUGCCACUGCAUUUUUAAUUUUUCAAAUAAAGAUACCUGGAUAA